GCACAUCUACAGUAGUGCCAUGGCAGGAGGAGUAGCGACCCCCCCCAUGCUGAUAGUGUUUCACGACAAAUACACAACACUGGACCCUCUGUGGCACGUCAGACACCUCGGCUGGAGUCCAGACGCCCGUUAUGCAGAGAGUUUCCUGCAGGAGGCGCUCUUGCUGCACUGGAACGGCCCCUUUAAGCCCUGGAGCUACCCUGCUGUGCACCUGGACCUGUGGGAGAGGUGGUUCGUUCCAGACCCCUCCAGAAGGUUCUCCUUGGUACGACCCAAGAGUGAAAGCUAAAGAACAUACCGGCCCAGUUCCAACACACACUCUCUCUCACACACACACUCGCUCUCUCUUUCUCUCCCACACACACGCAGACAGCCGUUUCUUAUUUUUGGAAACCUGUGUACUGUUUUUAAAUGUGAUGUUUAUAAGCUACCUGUAAAUAAACAAAGCUUUCGA